AUGUCCAACCGACUGACAAUGCUGCCCCAACCGAGAGAUUUCCUUCGGGGGCUCGCUCUCCACACUCAGCUCCUCGCCGGCCUACAGUGGCUAUGCGAGUUUCAGGUGCUCGCCUGUGUUCCGCUCGACGAUUCGGUUCCUUUCAAAGAUGUCGCGGAUAUCUGCGGUGUGCCGGAAUCUCAGCUUUGCCGAGUCACCCGGCUGAUGGCCACGGCCGGGUUCCUCCGGGAGCCUUGCCCAGGGCACAUCGCGCACAGUCCCCUCUCGGCCCAGUUCGUCACUGAGCCGGCCGUUCUCGACGCGGCCUUGUUUUUGUCAGAAACAGCGGCCCCUGCAGCGCUCAAGAUGCCGCUGGCCACCAAACAGUUUGCUGGCUCAGAAUCAGAUCGGGCCGACCAGUCUGCCUAUGCAGCGGCCUUUGGCACCGACAUACCCUUCGCAAGCCUCUUCGAGCUCCGGCCAAGAUUGCAGCGACAGUUCAACACCUAUCUCACUUUCGUCGCCAACGACGAUGAAGCUAGCGCGCAAGAGGUUCUGAUGCGGGUCGAUUGGGCCAGUCUGGGAAGUAUAACUGUGGUUGACGUGGGGGCCCAGUCUCCCGCCACAGCUGUCAGUUUGAUAUCGCUAUUUCCAGCCCUACAAUUCGUGGUGCAAAGCUACGAUCCCUCCUCAUCCUCCAACGCCGGCGGCGCCCCCCCUUGCUUAGCUCUCGGUUGGCCCGCGGCGGGCAGCCUCGCCUCCGGCAAGAUCACGUUACAGAAGCGGAUCGCCGGCACCACACAAUUCGUGCGGACCGCGGCCGUCUACAUCCUCCACCUCCCGUCGCCCUCCCCGUCUCUGCCGUGGAGCGCCGUGUCGGCCCACGUUGUCUCGGAGCUCACGACCCAUCUGGACGUGCUGCGCGCCAAUCCUGGUUCGAGGAUCGUGCUUACAGCCAUGGUGCUCCCGCCGCAGGGCACGGUCGAUGCCGAGAUCGAGGCGGCGGCGCGCGUACGGGAUCUGCUGCUCCUGCAGCUGGCCAAUGGCAGGCACGCGGAAAGGUCGGAGGUAGUAGAUCUCUUGAGCACGAUCCAGGACAACACGGGCGGUUUCGUGCUGACUGACGAGAUUCGCUCGUCUACUAGCGCCUUCGUGGCCUGGGAGAUACGGUACCAAGCUUAUGACGAUAUGAAGUGCUAG